AUCAUACGAGUUUCUGAUAUCGAACGAACAAGAAAGAGCUACUACUGCUAAUAUUCGCUCUCGCUUUUACUGAUAGAAGUACCAUAUAUAUAGUAUAUCCGUUGGUGAGCAUGCUCGAAAAAUUAAUCAAAACCGGCGAAAUCAGCAUUUUCGAUUCCGCGCGAAGUUGCGAAUUCGGCAAACGCGAGUUGUGGAAAGUCGACGUGUCUACGUCGGCGAAAAAUUGCCGAAACUUUAUAAGGGAGAUCGUCGAUACCCUCGACCUUCAACCGAAUCCGACCAAACCGGUCAUCGCCUUAUCAUUAGGAGAUCCUACGGUUUAUGGUAACCUAAAACCUGCUCCAGAAGUCACCCGAGCUGUCGUAGAAGUGGUCGAAGAAGGACUCUGCAACGGGUACGCCCCAAGUACUGGAUACGAGUCAGCUCGCGCUGCUGUAGCCGAGUACUUAAACUAUGACGGCGUGAGUUAUAACUCUCGAGACAUCAUUUUGUGCAGUGGAUGUUCGUCCUCCUUGGAACUGUGCAUCACCGCCCUAUGUGACGGGAGUCGUGGUCAGAAUAUUUUGAUCCCGAGACCAGGGUUCGCUAUCUAUAGAACUCUGGCAGAAUCCAUCGGCGUCGAGGUGAAAUACUACAAUCUGAUCCCGGAACGUAAUUGGGAAGUUGACCUGCAGCACUUGGAGGAGCAAAUUAAUGAACAUACGGCUGCUAUUGUUUUAAAUAAUCCUUCUAAUCCUUGUGGGUCUAAUUAUAGCGAGGAGCAUUUGAGGAGUUUCUUGGAGAUUGCUUAUAGGCGUAGGGUACCAGUAAUCGCUGACGAAAUUUACGAACGUUUGGUGUUUCCUGGCAAAAAGUUCGUCUCCACUGCAUCGCUCUUCUCAGAAGUCCCGAUUCUCGUAUGCGGGGGUACAGCCAAAAGAUUCCUGGUGCCAGGAUGGAGGAUGGGCUGGAUCGCUGUACAUGACGAAACAGGGGCUUUCGAGCACGUAAGAAAGGCCUUGGUCAGCCUUAGCCAGAGGACCAUCGGCAGUAACACUUUGAUACAAGGGGCUUUACCAGCCAUAUUACAGUACACCCCCGAUUCCUUUCAUGACGAUUUAGCCAAAACGUUGGCUUUACAUGCACAAAUCGCCUUCGAAAGGUUCAGUUUCAUUCGUGGACUCGCCCCGUACAUGCCAGAGGGCGCCAUGUACAUGAUCGUGGAAAUCAAUUUGAGGUGCUUCCCCGAAUUCGUGAACGGUCUGGAGUUUUGCAAGCAAAUGAUGCGAGAGGAGUCGGUGUUUUGUUUACCAGGAGAGUGCUUCCAGAUACCUGGGUUUAUGAGAAUCGUCCUGACUGUGCCUCAAGAGAUCCUGGAGGAGGCCUGUGAGAGAAUCGCCGAGUUUUGUAACCGUCAUUAUGUCGAGUGAACAGGUUUUAAACCGAAUCCUCGCGGUGUUGGCAUGCAACAUCUUCAGUCAGUUGAAAGAACUCAUCUAUUAUCUCAAAGAGAUUUACGUUACUAGAGAAAAAAAUAAAAAACUCCAAGUCUCAGUAUCAAAACAUCUUUUUGUAUGUCACGAAGGUUACAUGUUUCGCUAAUAAAGCAUCAUCAUACCUUAUAGCUAGAUGAUCUGCUAACUACUGACCUUUUGAAUCAGUCAAACAUUACAUUACAAUUAGAAAAAUCCAAACGGUCAUUCGGUAAUUUGUUGUAUAGUUUUGGGUCUUUUUUAAUACAAAUUUUUUAGAAAUAAGUAGCCUGCUAUGAGGCAUGGACAAGUCAUUUCUAGAACGAGUUGGGUAAUUACCAUUGUAAAACUACCAUUGACAGUAAAGAAAUUAAAAUUUUUAAAAACAUACAAGGAAACUUCAAAUAUAUACACAUACGGGACCGAGAAAGAAGAAGUUUACACCUAAGAAUCUGUUUUUGGCUAAUAAACACUCGACGUGCAUGAGACGUACAGCUCCAGAGCUGAAUACCGUGCAAAAUUCGUGAGUGUAUAAUAGCAUAGCAUACACUGAUUAAUUUCCAUUACCACUCUAAGGUUCCUAAUGGCAUAACAUUGAUUCAAAUUAGGAAUUUUCAUUCUUUUCAGUGUCAAUAUACAAAAUAAACUUAGGUAGGUUAUUAAGAAGAAGAAUGGACCUCAGAGAUUGAUAAAUAAAACCUCUGCUCCUAAAAAAUCUGUUAUAAUACCUCAAGUAUAAAGUUCAUAUUUCUUUGAAAUACGUGAGAUAGUACUUUCUCUAUAGAUUUUUUACUAUAAAAGUGACGUACGUAAUACCCAACAAAAUAAGUAACUCAUUAAAGGUGGAAGCAUUAACAACAACUGACUGAAGAUGUUGCACAUCGUCGCCGUGAGGGUGCUACAAUCAAGAUGCUCUUUCUCUUCAAUAUUAACUUGAUAAACUUCCGUAUUGGUAUAUGGAGGGUUUUACGUAAAAACUUACUUUAUCUACCUCAGCGUCUUGUUUUAUCCAAAGAUUUUUUUUUGUAUAUUCGUUGCUAUACCUUUAGGCAUCCGACUGACUUUACAAAUUAAAGGAUUAGGAUGGAAAAUGUCUAGAAUUAAUUAUUGUUGGUGAACUCUUAUUUGUACCUGAAUAAACUUAAGUAAAUAUAA